AUGCCCGUUCGGGCUCAGACAGCCAUCACUGUGUCCAUGACCGUGUCAUAUCAGGAGAUCCAUGGCUUCGGUUUCUCCCAGGCGUUCGGUAGGGCUUCAGAAUUCCAAGACCUCAGCGACACAACUAUUCAGAAGGCGGCUCUGGACUACCUCUUCAACACCUCGACCGGUGCCGGAUUUUCGAUCAUUCGGAACCGCAUUGGCUCGGGCGGAAGCGGCGACAGUAUUGAGCCUAACAGCCCUGGCUCGCCCAACAGCACGCCAACUUAUGUCUGGGAUGGUGAUGACAGAGGCCAGGUCUGGUUUUCGCAGCAAGCCAAGAGCUAUGGGGUGGACUACAUAUACGCAGACGCCUGGAGCGCACCGGGCUUUAUGAAGACCAGCGGUAACGAAUCAACACCUGGCUACCUAUGCGGAUCUUCCGGCCACGCCUGCUCUACAGGAGAUUGGAGACAAGCCUACGCCAACUUUUUGGUGAAAUAUGUAGAGUACUACAAUGCCGAGGGACUACCCAUCACACAGCUUGGCUUCCUGAAUGAGCCCGACUACGAGGUUUCGUACUCUCAGAUGCAGAUCAACGAUGACGCCAGCGACGCCAUUGACUUCAUUCGUGUUCUUAACAAGACUCUCGUCAAUGCAGGACACACGGACGUCGGCAUCGCCUGCUGCGACACUUUCGGAUGGAAAAACAUGGCUACGUACCUCAACUACCUGGUGUCUGGUGGUGCCACAUCCCACCUGAGAGUUAUCACGGCGCACAGCUACUCGUCUGAUGCAACCACAAGCCUGAAUGCGACCUCGCUGCCCAGGUGGAAUACGGAAGGCGCACCGAGCGGCGCGUUCAGUACCACGUGGUACAGCUCGGGUGCCGCCACCGAGGGCUUCACAUGGGCCAACAAGCUCGCUGUCGCCAUAGUCAAUGCCCAGUUGUCUGCAUACCUUUUCUGGGAGGGCUUUGAGAACGGGCAGACCCAGUCAGCGUCCCACCUAGUGGACGUGGUCAACGGCGUCGCAACGCCCAGCGCCAUCAUGUGGGCGUUCGCCAUGUGGAGUCGAUACAUCCGGCCGGGUGCCAUCCGUGUUGCCACGUCGGGUACCAUCAGCAACGUCAUCAUCGGAGCCUUCAAAAACACUGAUAGCAGUGUUGUCGUCGUCUUCACCAACGGUGGCACCUCCGCCGCCUCGGCCGAGCUGUCCUUCUCCGGCUUCACCCCAAAGGCCGCAUCCGCUUGGGCUACUAACCAGAGCAGCACCUUCGCCUCAUCCAGCGCCACGCUGGCCAAUAGCAAGGUCACCGUCUCCGUCCCAGCCCACGGCGUGGUCACCGUCAAGAUGAUAUAG